GUUUCAAACCUACUUACGCGUAUUGUUUCAUGUUCAGUAUUGUACAUCGUGCCCGAAGUGUUACAUGUUUCAGUGAUUUUUUUGUCGCUAUUGUGAAAAUGUUAUGCGGUUUUAGUUUUCGUCGAAAAAAGAAAGAAAAACGACAACUCCAGCAGCAGCAAACGAAGUCCUCGCGGUCGCCAUCGCCUCAGCCGGCGGGGGAUGCUCCCAACAAUGAAUCGUUCCGGCCGCUGCUAAGGACGCCGCCUCCUAGUCGCAUUGGCCCCCCGCCUUCCCCACCAGUGCCCACUCACCCCGUCGCGCCUGUCCCUCCGGAGCCACCGGCCCCCCUCGCACUCCUGCCAUGCCCCAUCUGCGGCCGCACCUUCGCCCCUCAACCACUAGCCAAACACGCCAAAAUAUGCGAAAAAAUGACAAUCAAAAAACGGAAAACUUUCGACUCUUCGAGACAGAGACGUGAAGGUACAGACUUGGAACAGUAUCUGCCAAAGAAUUAUGGCCUGCCAGAGAACAGUCCAUUCCUUGAAAAAAGUCCUCCAAAUACUGCCAAAGUUACGCCGAAACCUAAAAUACAAUCAGUCAAAAAUGCUAUCACCAAGCCAAUGGCGGAGCUGCAAAAGUGUCCCCAUUGCGGGCGCGCGUUCGGCGUGCGAGCGUUCGAGCGACACGUGGAGUGGUGCGCGGACAAGGCGAAGAUAUUGCCCGCCGCGCCCGCGCAGCCGCCGCCCCACAUCGCCGACGCCAAGCAGCGGCUCAACGCGCGCACGCAGUACAAGGCGCCGCCGGUGCGCGCCCGGAGGUCGUCACAAACCCGCGACAAGUCGUCCAACAGCCGCUCGGCAUCCGUUGAUUCGUCGCGCGGCGUCUCUCCUCCACCGCCCAGAGAAUACGGUGACUACAAACCCACGAGAUCAAGAACUUCCGAAUCUGUCUCAAGCAACGACUGCCACGACGAUUCUUCACCUCAUGUGCCAGUUAUAAGGAACUCUAGGAAUACACAGAAUAGUACUUCCGGUGAUGCCAAUGUAAAAGCAAGACAAGCGCGGCUCGCUAGAGAUCUUAGCAAUACAAGGCUUGAUGAAAACUAUGAUCCUUUUGUAUCGGCUGCUAGACAAAUGAAAGAACUCAUGUCGUCAGACACAAACAUUCCUGUAAAAAUCCAAAACACUUCCAAAGAUCCAAAUAGAACCCUCCCAAUACUUCGUCCUGGUAAAGAAAAAACACAUCCGUCAUACCUUCGAACUGAUAACACCAAAAUGAUGAAAGACACUCUUAAUAAAACGUACCAGAAAACUCCUACACUACAAAGAAUGAAAUCCUUUGGCAGCACAAAUAAUGAUAAUAACAGUUCGUUUGGUAAUAGAUGUAGUUCAUUUAGGCUUAACCGAAACGACAAAAAAUCUAGUCAGCAGAAACUAAACACAACAUUUACUAAAUCCAGCAAAGAAAACAUAAGUACACCCGAUAAAUUAUUUUUCAAUCGCAAUAGUAAUUUAAAUAGGUCAUUUUCCAGUUACACGGCUUCUAGUUACAGCACCCCUAAAACAAAAGAAAAAAAUCCAAAAAUAACUACCUCCAUGUACCACAGUUUCCAAAGAACUACCAUAAAACAACCUCUAAAACUUGACAAAAUAAAAAGAGAAGAAAAUAAAAAAGAGUUUGUCAAUUUAGAUUUGAUUCUUACAGACGACAACUCUUCAAUGACGGACAGUAAUUAUAUAGACCCUAGACUAAUCAACGAAAAUGACAACUUGCCCAUCAACGUAAAUACUAUUUUGAAUAAUCCCGACAUUAUUAGUAGUAUGGAGUCUCUGCUUACUACUGAAAAUUUACCUUUCAAGUUUGAAUCUUUUAGUACUAACCAAAAUAAUAAUAAUGAUAAAUGUAAUAAUAAUAUAGAUGAAACUAAAAAUAAUGUUACAAAAGUAGAAAGUAAUAAUAAUAUUACCAAUAAGAAUAUGAUAAACAAAAACAGUGCCCCAACUGUAGAUGAUUUAAGCGUACAGUAUGAUAGAAUUAUGUCUUCUUUAGAACACAGUUUAGUAACAAAAGUCUCACAUGAUCAAUCCAUGGGUGAAGAAUUUGAUCUCGAGGAAUUCAUGACCUCGUUCGAUGAAGAAAUUAAUAAACAAAAACACGAAAAUAAAAGAUCUUGUAGUUCCACAACUAGAAUAGUAAAGCAGUCUGAACUUGCCGAUAGUAAUAGGUCAUCCGGUAUGAAUAGUGUUUGCUCAACUCCAAAUGUUGUUAUCAGUAACGGGUUGAUACCAGUUAAUAAGUCAAUGUCUCUCAAUUUUAGCAGUAAUAAUGUCGGAAAUGAAAACCUCUUCCCAUCCUCUGUAAAACGAUCCACUUCCCUCCUGGAUUCCAUUCAAAAGAAGCGUGUACAAAAGACGGAUAGCAUAAACAGUCGCCAUAAAACAGACCAACUAGAGCAAGAUUUGAUGCAAUCACUGAAAGAUUUAGAUAAAUUCUACGAGUCAGAUAGAAUUGAAAACAGCCAACAGAAAGAAAUAUCCUGUUAUAACAUGCAAGUAACGAACGGCACUGCAAAGAGAGAGACACGUGUUAAAUCCGAGAAAAGAAAUAAAAAGAACGACGUAGCUUCCAAUGGAAAUUAUACACCCGGGAAAGCUAGCAACGACUCGGCUUAUAGCAGCCUCAACAGAAUAUCUCCAUCGAAACUAUCUAUUUGCAAUUCUAAAGAACCCAAUGGCUUGGCAUCACUGGAGCAAAUACCAGCUGGUUCAGAUUCCAGUGGGAAAGAGGAGAUAAGAUCAGUUUCCAGUGAAGAGUUCUUAGCGAUGGAACGCUCUGCCGAACGCGACGACCCACUUCCACAAACAGACAUAACAUUUAAAGAGUUAGAUGCACAUCCCGUAACUGAUAAACGGGUUAGUUCGCGAGCAUCGUCACGCCGCAGCCCUACAUGGCACCGUAGCGGUGGAGGCAUGAGCUCCAGCGGGUCAGAGGCGUCGCUACACCGCACGCGGCGCGACUCCGCUCCUCGCCUGUCGCGUUUUUGCCACGAGUGCGGUAGCAAGUUCCCCGUAGACACCGCCAAGUUUUGUAUCGAGUGCGGCGUCAAAAGGCUCCUAGUUUAGUGACGACAACGUGAAACCAAAAUCUAGUCUUCUAGUUUCGACAACAGGAUCUUAUCCCUUAAGUGGGCGGUCGACGCUUACGUGUUAACACUGUGAACGAAAACAAUUUUGACCUGAAGUUGAAAACGACUUCAUUUUUUUAAGGUCGACAUAAUGUUAGCGCUCAUUGUACCGAUUCAGUGCACCCUCUAUGUGGCGACUUACGGUGGAGUUUUAUUGAUACAUUAUGUUACAUUGAUUUUAAUUAUAUUUAUGCUUUUACUUGUGGUAAAAGAAUUUGUGAUAUCGACGAGAUACCGCUACCCUAUGGUAUCAACUGCCUUAUCUUGAUUGUUGUAUUGAUCGAAGAAAAGUUAGUAAUUUCUAUAAACAUGCGGUACGCUAUCCGCUAAUUUUGCAGCUAACGAUAAAUGCUGCGAAACUCAAGUUUACCUUAUGUUUUUUUUUCUAAAUGACAAAAAUUAUGACUAUGAAUGUUGAUUUUGUCGCAAUAAUUUAAAUGUAACUUGUUUACCUACGUUUAUUGUGCACUAAUUGAAUAAUUUACUAUGUAAACUAAAUGCGUAACUUAUUUUUGUCUUCACCCUAGUUGGAAGGUUGUGAAUGAUGUGUAUCUCGGAAUGAACGGAAGGAAUGAAUUAUGAUCUUUGGCAAGACAAAAAUGCUACUUAAGACCAAUAGUGUAAAGAGUAUCAAAACAAAUGUAUACAAAAAUUCAGAAAUCUGAUUAUUUUCCGGGUCUUGAGCAGUAAUCUCACAAAUAGAUUAUAUUUGCUCAACCUAGGCCCUUGUAAUUUUAUGUAGUGUCGCUUUUUAUAGUAAUAUAUACAUGCCUUAUUUUAUUUAAUGUUACCAAAAUCUUAAACAAAUGUUUGUGCCUUCCUAUGAAGUAGGUAGUUAAAAUGGUUGUUAUUAUUUUUAUUGUAUGAGUUUAAUUGUUUAAUGCAUGAUAGAGGCCAACCAAUAUACCUAGCUUGUCUGUGAUAUUUACUAAAUAUCUGGCAGAACAAGAAAGUUUUAAGAACAAUUGAGUGCCCAUUCACACUCAUGAAUUUUGUAUGUUUUUAAUAAUUUAUUUUUAGUUGUAAUAAAAUGCAGCAUUAUUUUUCCAUUCGCUUCGCAUCUGCAUCGUAGUUGGCCAUUUUAACAAGACUGAUUUAUUUUCAAGUUUUUGAACUACGAAUAAAACCUUAAUUACUCUGUUGUAUAUUGUUUUUAAUCAAAUAACAAUUUAUAAUGUAAUAAAUUAACAUUUUUA